CAGGGUUUUACUUCCACCAACUCAGUGACAGUGAGUCACUCUGACUCGCCGCGUCCUCUACGCCUUCUACAACCGACCUCCACCUUCCCCAGCCUCCUCAGGAAUAACGUAAUUCAUGAGGAAGGUCAUCAAAUGAGCUCUCUACAUCCAUAAUAUGGAAUCAGCCAUGGUGAGCAUAAGAAGAAGCAAAUGCUUGAGACUACGCGCUGAGAGAAGUUCUGUUCUAGCACCAUUGCCAAGGUUUUGUGACAAGGGAACUGCUCCUCAAAAUUCUACCCAAACAAAACCAGAUAGUGUGCAUCCAAUGCCUUCAAAUGAUAAUGCAACUCGUACGAGGGCUUCCCCUGAGAUUAUCAGUAUGUUGAGAAAGCCAGCUGCUGCGGAGAGAGUUUUGCUGGGCUUACUUGGCCCUGAUGAUACCAGGAUUAUGCAGGGGUAUGAUGACGGUGGUUUGAGGCAAAACUUGGCCCACCAUGCCCUUGGUGCCUGCCUUCACUUUGCCAUGUGGCUAAAGGAAAAUGGAGAGUCGUCCUUAGCCUCCAGGGAGCGCGAUGAAGCCAGAGCUCAUGUUGCAGAGCUGGAGGAAAGAGUUAGACAUGUUGAGGAGAUUCUGAGGCAUCUGGUCCAAGAAUAUGAGUCUAAGCUAAAUGGCCUGCAAAAUAAUGUUGAUCAGCUGAGGCCGAAGGCUGAGUUCUACGAGAGGAAAUGGAAGGAGCAGGAGGCGCUGCAUCAGGAGAAGGCCACUCGUUUGGAAGAGGUUUUGAAGCAGCUUAAGGAAGCUAACUCCGACCUUGCCAAGGUCACUCAAAGUAAUGACAUGGCAAGAAUACGUAUCGAAAAGCUGACUAGUGCCCUCACUCGGACCAGGAAGCUCUACAAGCAGGUUGAGGCUGAAAUGAAGAAAACCCUGUUGUAG